GAGUCUCGAGGUAACGAAAAAAGGAGUCUUGCACAAGUUGCGUCCCUUGAAAAGAAUGUGUGUUCCGGCGAAAAAAAAUGUUGAAAAACAAAGUAUUUGCUGUACUUUGCAAUGAUAAUAGUUGGUAGCAAAUGCUUAAGUACAAACUGAUAUACAUGAAUACUAUAUAAAACAUUGGUAGAACUGCAUCAAAGAAAGGGAUACUUACUGAUAUUUACAAUGGAUGAGGUUUUGUUGGGACGUGCAGUAGAGUAUCAUGGGCCAGAUUUUCUGCGUCAGCUGCAGCUGGAACAGGAACAAGUUCCACCAAACAUAUUCCUACAUCUACAGAAACAUCGACCUCAGUUACCAGAAAUCAAUGACCCACAGUUUAUUUUGAACAUGAGAAGAUUUGUUGCAAAGAAAGCAGAUGUAUUGUUCCGACCAAUGGAGAAAAUUGAUCAUCAGAAACCUGACCAGAUGGCUGAUGAAGAUUCCUAUGCUAAGAUGCCAGCAUUGGAGACAUUUAUGGGAGUAGAUCCACAUACUGCUAGAAAACAUCUGUAUUAUAGUUUGCAGAUAAAGGAUGUAGCUGUUGGCGUGGUAACAUCCAUCAUGGAUACAGGACUAGUGCUACAGCUUCUGUGUCUAGACGAGGGAAAAAACAGAGACAUAAAUGAUCUUAGGAUAAUUGCAUUUGUUCACAGUGCAGAAAUACCGAAGAUGUUCCCAACACAGAACCCAGUGGAAGGAUACCAAGUUAAGGACUAUAUCAGAGGUGUAAUUGUGAGUGUUAACCCGGAUUCUGAGACAGUUCUGAUGUCUUUAAUGGAUACCGCUCUUGAAGGUGUUGAUGGACCUAAACCCAGGCUUGGACUGAUUCAUGAAGAGGAUUUUCCUGUCCAGUAUAGGAGGAAACUGCAUAUUCGAGGAUUGACGUUUGAUGAAUUAGUUAAUUCUAUCAUCGGCUUCACAAACCCUGGCAACGUCCGCUUUCUUUUGGAUACCUUGGGACAGAAAGAAGAAGCCUCUAUGAUGAGAGGCCUGUACCGAUUGAAGAUAUCAGAGAAAGACUACGCUGAAAAUCUACGGAAGUCGCAGUCACAGAAAUGGGCCUACCAAUGUGUUGCGCAGGGUAUACAUGAUUUCAAAGCAGGCAGACAAACAGAAGCAAUGCAGUCCUUCAACAAAGCUUUGCAGAUAGAUAAAACUAAUGUUGAAGCCCUGGUAGCCAGAGGCGCUCUGUAUGCAAACAAUGAGAGUUAUACACGAGCAUUGACAGAUUUUGAAGAAGCUUUAGAAAUGAAUCCUAAACAUCCUAAUGCUAUAAAAUACAUGCACGAGACUUUACUGGCGAAAGGAAAAUGCCAUGAAGAUGACAGACAGCUUUCUGAUGCUAAACGUUGUUACCAGCGAGCUGUAGAAAUCAUGCCAGACUCUCAUGAAGCUAAAGAAUACCUUAGAUACAUUGAAUACAAAGAGGAACGUGAUGCUGGGAGAAGUGCCAAAGUGAAGAAAGAAAGAACACCAUCACCAGUACCAUAUAAGGACACAACUGACACACUGAAAAAACUUAUUAAAGAGGAGAAACUUGUAAAAGAGGAGAAAAAAGUUUCUAGAUCAAAAAAGAGAGAUACAUCAGAAGAGAAGCCAAGAAGAAAAAGAUCACCAUCACCAAGGCGCCGGCGCCGUAGAUCAACCUCAAGCUCUUCAAGUAGUUCUUCAUCUUCUAGUUCAUCAAGGUCAUCUAGGGAUAGACAUGUUGAUAGAUCACGGGGUAAAAGAUCACCAGAACGAAGGGAAACUAAAUAUGCUUCUAAAUCUCAAGAUUAUAUUAAAAGAGAAGCUGAUCCAUAUUUAAAGUCAAAGUCACUAGAGAAGCGAUCUAGGUCAAAGGAAAGAUUUGAUGACAGGAGAGGUCAGAACCCACCAGCAGAUGUUCGUAUUGAGGAAGAUUUUCUGUAUGAAAGGGGUCAGCGGAAAGAUGAUGUAAAACAAGAAUCUCAGUCAAGUUUUUAUAGUUUUAGUAGGAACAACGAAAAGAUACCAGGGUUAGGCGACAGUCCACCACCAGACGAAAUUGAACCAGUAAAACAGUUAGCCGAGGAGAAACCGUCAGCAAGGCAACGCUUCGAGGAUAGGUCAAAACAUGGACAAGAUGAGAGAAAAUCCAGACAUCCCAGUGAUGAGAGAUCACCACUUAGAAGGAUCUUUGAAGAAAAACCUCCAUUAAGACAUGAGGAAAGGGAUCCUUCAUUGGGUCGUGAAAUGAGUUAUAGGGGCCAUGAAGGUUCACAAGGAAAUUAUAAAAGAAGUAUUGACAAAGAUAAUACAUGGAAGGAUGAGAAGGAGAAAAGACAAAGUCAUCUAGAUGAUGAAUAUUUGUAUGGAACGAGUCACAGUUAUGAGCAAGGGGACAGGCGAAAAGAUUAUGAACAUGGGGAUAGACGAAGAGAUUAUGACCAAGGGGACAGACGAAGAGACUAUGAACAGGGGGACAGAAUAAGUGAGUCUUAUCCAAAAUUGAAAUCAGACAGAAACAGAAGUAGAUCACCUGGUAGAGAGGUCAUGAUCGGAAAUAAAGGGAAUCCAGCAAUGAUGGGAGGGCGUGACAGUGUCACACCUACUAAAGAUGAAGUAAGUGACAGACUAGGAUUGGAAGACAUCUCCUCGCCUGAAGAACAUGAUCACCAUGGUGCCGAUUAUCGUUAUAGGGCUUACGGUAGACAAGAUGAGUAUAGGAAGUAUGAAAAACAUGACGAUUAUAGGUACAGAGAUUCUAGUAUAGACAGACGAAAGGAAGAUCAAAUAUAUAGGGAUCAAAGGAGGUACUCACCAGAUAGACGAGGGUCACCUAGAUUUGGGUCACCAAGAAGACAUGAAUCACCUUCAAGAAGAGCAACUGUUAGAUACGGAUCACCUACUGGACGUCGUUCACCAUUUAGACAUGGAUCACCUCCAAGACAUGGGUCACCUUCAAGACAUGGGUCACCAGCAAGAUGGGGUUCAUCUCCCAGACGAGCAUCGUCACCUAGACAACAGGAAGAUAGAUACUGGCAAAAAGAUCGACAAAUUCCUGAGGAAUUCCUUCAAGAAAGAAGAAUAAUAUCAGUAUCAAAGAAGGAAAAAAAGACACCAGGAAAGAGCUAUGAGUCAGAGCAUCAGGAUUAUAGAAGAGGGUCACCGCCAAGAGAAAGCGACAGACGAAGAUCAUCAGACACAUACCAAUUCAGUGAUAAUCAAGAAAAAAGAAGCAUAAUGUUUGGACAGAAUGAUAAACAGGAUAGAAGACAGUCUCCAUUUUAUGACAAAUAUGAUAGAAGGGAUGACUUUGAUCAAAAAGGAGGAAAACGGAAGAAAACAUUUAAAGAUGACAAAUCAAGAUCACGUUCACCCGAAAUAAGACGUAUUAAAGAUGACCAGUACAACCUUUCUACAAAAGAAGAUUAUUACGAAAAGAAACAAAGAGAGGAGUAUAGUGAGAAACGGCAAGUCAGUAUUAAGAAAAGAAUUCCAGAGUCAAGAAGUAGGUCAAGAUCACCUCCGCGACAGAAACGUGACGAUAAAUAUAGAAGUAGGUCAAGAAGUAGAGAAGAAGAGAGCUAUCACAGGGUCAUUGCAGUGAAGCCAAGGAAGUCGGAAGGUAGAGAAAAGCAAAUCACAAAUAGGACUCCAUCAGGAGAUUUUGAAAGAAGUCAGAAGGCCAGUAUUGAAGACUCCAAUCAAGAGCAAUCAAAACCUCUGACUGAUAUAUUUGCCGAUUUACCACCACCUAGAGCAAAUAAAGAUAAACCGAUUAUUUCCACUUAUGUGCCAAGAGCGGUUAAAUUGAAACAACAGCAUCCGGCCGGUCUCAAUCCAGAAAGUAAGCCACCAGCAAUGGAACAGAAAGUGGAAAUGAUAAACAGAGAAGCAAGAAAUGUAAAUAUCACAUCGGUGGGGAAUAUACAAUCAUCAACAAAAGAUAGUGAUGGUGGCAUGAAGAGUGAUCCAAGAUUCAAAUUUAGACCAAGAACUCCUCCAGAAAGCAAAAGAAGGUCAUCAAAGUACAAAUCAAGGUCACGGUCUCGUUCUAGAUCCUAUGACAAGUAUAAAAGGAGCAGACGGUCAAGAAGUAGGUCAUACUCUCCGAAGUCACGCUCUCGUAAAUCACGUUCAAGGUCAAGGUCACGUGACAAAUACAAAAGUAAAAAGGAUGAUUACAAGCGACGAAAACGAUCUUACAGUUCAUCUAGUUCAAGAUCACGUUCCAGGUCAGUGGAAAAAUCUUCCAGUUCCAAGAAAAACAGGAAGUUCUCAUCUCCAGAAAGAAAAGAAAAGAGAAUUGUUAUGCCUGACAUCGAGCUGCCUAAAAUCAGUAGCCGUUGGGAUAGUCCAGAAGAAAAGAAGAGUCGUUGGGAAACAAUAAAUACUGGACCUAAAUUGAUGCCUGAAACUUCGGUAAGUCAGGCGCAGGAGAAGAUUGCCAAUAUGUUAGCAGCACAUCUGAUAUCAAAGUCCCCGCCUCCUCACCGUAGAAUGAAACCAGAAGAAAAAGCUGCCCUGAUGAAGAAAUGGAAAGAGUUAAGUGUUUCGCCACCACCUGGGGCCGAAACUGAAGAUGAAAUUCCAAGUAUCGUUAAAGCUAGAGCAGCUAAUGUUGAGAAAAGGAUACUUACAGUAAAAAAUGAAAAAGCUGAAGAAUCAGUAAAAGAUAAACAAACAGACGACCGAACAAGCAAACAGAAGAAAGGUUCAGUAGAUAUUCAGAAAGUAAUGAAGAAGGGUUUAAGAUCAAAAUGGGAUUCAGAUAGUGAUAGUGAACAUAAGGCUAAAAAGCCCAGAUCUAAGUCAAGGUCACCGGAGAGAAAUUCUAGGUCUAGAAAUAAAAAGGAUAAGAAAGAAAAAAGAGACAGGUCAAGUUCAAGUGAAAGAAGUAGAAGUAAAACAGAGAAAAAGAAGAAAAAGAACAGGUCUAGAAGUAAGGAUAGAAGGCAAAGUUCCGAUAAGAAGCGCAGGUCUCGCAGUAGGAGUAAAGAUAGAAAGUCCAGGCGAUCAAGAAGUAAAAGCAAGGAGAGGAAAUCGAGUAGAGAUAGGAAAGAUAGGUCAAGGAGCAAAGAGAGAAAAUCUGGUCAAGAUAGCAAAAGAAGUGAAAGUAGUCGAAGAAGUAGUGGGAAAGGAUUGCCUGAUGUUGUGCAAAGUGCAAAAAAAGAUUCUGAAGAGAAAAGAGUGUUCUGGUUUCACCGUGACGCGGUUCUAGCAGAUGAAAAGAAAGAAAAGAAAAAGUCACGUUCGAGGUCAAGGUCACCAAAAUCAAAGCAAUCGCCAGGAAUGGCUAAAGGAAAGUCAUUUAAGCCAACAUUUAAAUCUAAAUGGUCCAGUGACUCGGAUUCAUCAGAUGAUACUUCUAAACAAAAAUCUAAAAAGACAAACCAAGGUUCGGCCAUUUUACCAAAGGAUUCACUUACACAACUUGAAGAAUUUUACAAUAAUUUGAAAAAGGAGAAACAGCGGAAAAUGUCAGGCGAGAAAAAAUGAGAUUUUGUUUUGAAUGAUUACAUAAGGAUUCAUUCUUGAAAUGAGAUGAGUCAAAUUUAAACUUUAUGUAAAUUGAGUACAGAAAGUGAAAAAGGAUGAAUAAAAUUCUAUAUGGCUUUGGUGUAUUACGCUGCAGACUCUAUUUCUUCAGUUUUCUUUAAUUAAAUCUGAUAGGCGGUUGGACAGUGUUUUUAUAAAGGGUUGCAUACGGAAUACAACUUCAGCUCGCAUAGGCUAAAAAGACAGCACUAUGUUUCACUCGAGCUUCCUGUAGUAAGAUUCAGUUGACGUAUCGAGUCAGCAAAUUUGUUUUUGCAAAUUAUGUUUUGGGAAUAACCGAACAUUGAAUCGUUGGGUGAUGUAGGUGUUUAUCAUACGCUGUGUUUCAUCAUGAACAAAAUUGUUGCCGAUGCACGGUAACUUUUAGGUACAGUUUGUGAUAAAGAUUGAAUGGUACAGUGUACUAUAUUGUUAUUGUGUUGUUUGAAACAUUUUGUCCGGUUUUUAAGAUAUUAACGAUGAUGCGGGAUAGAUUAGCUUAUAUUUAAGCUGUAACUGUGUUUGUUCAUGUUGAAUGAUUUUAGAUAUCAUGCCAGGUGGUACAUUUUAUGUUAACAUGGUUUACAAAAGCUACUGCUUUGUUUAAUGUGGUACUUACUGAUUGUUGUACUUAUUCUAAGAAGCUUAGUUUAAAAGAAGAUUGGCAUUUUGUUAAAUUGAAUGUUACUGAUUUGUUUUUGUGUGCGAAUCAAGGGAACAUUUUGUUGAAAAUGGAACUAGAUCUAGAUUCUACUAGCUAAUUUAAAACAUGCAAAAAAGAAAAAUUUAACAUUUUAGUGUAAAUUUCGAGCUUAUACCUUUGAUGAAUACAUGCCAUGUGGUCUGUAUCCAUGCAGCUUUUUUGUUAGAUGUUAAAGAAAGUCUAGUCUUGUUUGACCUACACAUUUUGACUAAAUAUUACAUCUGUUUCUAUUGUCUUAUUACUGUCGGUCAUAAAAUGUAAAUGGAUUUUCUUCAGUUAUUGUGUUGUCACCAAUUUUAGAGAAUUUGGGAUUUCAGCGAGUGUAUUGGAAACAUAUUUUGGACGCGUUUGUCAUUACUUAUAAUUUUAUAACACGAAGCUGCAGACUGAUAAAGGUAUUUAUAGGGCAGAAACUCGCAGCAGGAUUGCACAAGACGAUUUCCAUAUACUAACAUUGUCUUCAGGAGCAAAAUGAAUACUGUAAAAUGCUGUUACAAACGCUGCUCAUUUUGUCAUUCAUAAGCACAUGCUGAUACAAUCAACUCAUUUCAUCAAUUUGUUUAAGUUGCUAUCCAAUAGCAGAAAACGUGCAAGGCUUUUUUAUAUGCAUUGAUGAUUUAUGUGCUAGAUUUGAAAUUUUUGUUGAUUGGUACAUCAAAAUAUUGUCCUAAAAUAAUUCACUUAUGAAUAAAGGUCAUAAAAGUUGAAA